AUGAAGCUGGCCCGCAGCCUGACAACACUUCUACUCCCCCUGAUAUCUAUACACACGGUAUCAGCGGCGGAUGUGGAAGCAUGGAAAUCCCGCAACAUCUACUUUGCCCUAACUGAUCGCAUUGCUCGUGGAAGCGACGACACAGGUGGAGAUGCUUGCGGCAACCUUGGAGACUACUGUGGUGGAACUUUCCAGGGCUUGGAGUCCAAGCUUGACUACAUUCAGGGGAUGGGCUUUGAUGCAAUCUGGAUCACCCCUGUUGUUGCUAAUGCGCCAGGUGGAUAUCAUGGAUACUGGGCGCAGGACCUCUACAGUAUCAAUGAGAACUAUGGCACGGCUGACGAUCUUAAAAGUCUAGUCAAUGCUGCUCAUGACAAAGGAAUAUAUGUCAUGGCAGACGUGGUUGCCAACCACAUGGGAUCGCCCAUCAGCGAUAACAAGCCCGAGCCAUUGAACCAGGAGAGCUCCUACCAUGCCUCCUGCACAAUUGACUAUUCAAGCCAGGAUAGUGUUGAGACCUGCCGCAUCGCAGACGACCUACCUGAUGUGAACACAGAGAGCUCCGAGAUCCGGACCCUCUUCCAGGAAUGGGUCGCCUGGCUCAUCGAGGAAUACGGGUUCGAUGGCUUGCGCAUUGAUACUGUCAAGCACGUUGAAAAGGACUUCUGGUCAGCCUUCUCUAAGGCCGCUGGGGUUUACACUAUCGGCGAAGUCUGGGACGGCGACCCUGCCUACCUUGCCGGAUACGCAGACAGCAUGGACGGCCUGCUUAACUACGCGGUUUACUAUCCCGUCAACGCCUUCUACCAGCAAACAGGCCCUUCGCAGGAUAUAGUUGACAUGCACGAGCAAAUCGAUAACUCGUUCCCCGAUCCCAGCGCCCUGGGCACGUUCAUAGACAACCACGACAAUGCGAGAUGGCUGAGUGUUAAGAACGACCAGUCCCUAUUGAAGAACGCACUCGCCUACGUAGUUCUCGCCCGGGGAAUCCCCAUCGUCUACUACGGCACGGAACAGGGCUACGCGGGCGGAAACGACCCCAAGAACCGUGAGGACCUAUGGCGCAGCAGCUUCAGCACCGAGGCGGACUUGUACAAGGCCAUAUCACUCCUUUCGGAGGCAAGAAAGGCUGCUGGCGGACUCGCUGAUGACGACCAUGUCCAUUUGCACGUCGCGGACACGGUAUACGCGUGGAGUAGGGCGGGUGGUGACCUUAUUGUUGUCACGUCUAACGGUGGAUCUGGAUCUGACGCUGAGCCCUGCUUUGACUCUAAGAAGCCCGGUGGAACGUGGACGAAUACCUUUGGAAAUGGGACAGUCACCGCUGAUGAGAGCGGGCAAAUCUGCGUCUCUCUUUCCAAUGGCGAGCCUGCGGUGUUGGUUGCGGACGCUUAA